UACCCAUCUUAAACGCCACCGUCUCUGCUCAACGAUCACUUCUGACCUCUGACUUCUGGCUGUUGCAGUUCUAAAGCAAGAACCGAAGCCUUGAACCGCCGUUCUCCGGUUCUCUCCAAGUUCGGACAAAACAUCUUUCUGGAUUGCAAUUAUUUCGAUGGAUGAACAUCCUUCUUUGAGCGACGAUGGGGACUUGGAUAAUAUGGUAGAAACUUCUAACGGAAAAGAGUUAGCUUCAGACGAUGGAAGUUCCGAAAUGGAGCCAUAUGUAGGCAUGGAGUUCGAAUCUGAAGAGGCGGCCAAGGUAUUUUAUGAUGUCUAUGCCACUCAUGUGGGAUUCAUCAUUCGUGUAGAUGCAUUUCGCCGAUCAAUGCGUGAUGCAAAGGUUGUUUGGCGUCGACUUGUUUGUAAUAAAGAGGGAUUUCGUAAGUUGCGGCCCAAAAGAAGUGAAAAUAGGAAACCUCGAGCAGUCACUAGGGAAGGUUGUAAAGCAAUGAUUGUUGUGAAGAAGGAAAAAACAGGCAAAUGGGUUGUAACAGGAUUUGUAAAGGAACAUAAUCAUCCUCUGGUAGCCAUCCCCAUCAACGAUCGUCGAAAUGUGCUGUUAUCUCAAACACCGGACGAGAAAGAUGUGAAGAUACGAGAAUUGAAUGCAAAAUUACAGCGAGAACGAAAGCGCUCUGCAGCUCUGCAAGAGCAGCUAUCCAUGGUUUUGACAGAGAUGGAGGAGCAUUCCAAUCACCUAUCAAGAAACAUUGAAGAUAUAGUUCAAAGUGUCAAAGACAUUGAAUCAAAGAGGUCAGGCACUUGCACAUAGCUGAUGUUUCUUGGCUUGUAUUGUACAAAUAUCUUUGAUGUUGUUUUCUUUUCUA